AAAUUCAUUUCCUUUAAAUUCUCUUUCAUUCUUAUCUCAACUAAGAUUGUUGUGUUCCAACUGUUUCAAGUUUUCAACAUAAUUAUCAGUUGGAAACAGAAAUUUUUGUUGGUUCGCUGUUUGGGUCCCACCAGAACAGUUUCUUGAUCGCCCCACCAAAAAAAUAUCUGCCAAAAGGAAAUAGAGCACUAACUAUUUUGCUUAUUGCCUUGUAAUCGCUUUAGAUCCUUGAAAGCUUUUUGCUCUCUUGUUUUUGAUUCAUUAACAUUCAGGGAUAGAAUUUUGUCUCUUUCCUCAUAGAUUCUUAGAAUCUGUAGGCUUCUGGGGUUCGUCAUGGCUUGGAGAAAUGUGAUAUCCUUUGGUUCAAUUGGGAGUUUGUUACAGGGCAGAGAAGGUGAGGCUCAGCUUGGAUGCACACAUACCAUAAAGUCUCAUGGAGCUACGGUUGCAAAGAGCCACAAGCAUGAUUGGCUUAUAUUGUUGCUGCUCAUCAUAUUGGAGAUUGUUCUAAAUAUCAUACACCCGUUCUAUCGCUUUGUCGGGCAGGAUAUGUUGACUGAUCUUAAGUACCCCAUGAAGGAAAACACAGUCCCUAUAUGGUCUGUUCCUUUGUAUGCAGUGUUGCUGCCUAUUGCCAUUUUUCUUGUCAUCUAUCUUCGCAGGAGAGAUGUUUAUGAUCUGCACCACAGUAUCCUCGGGCUGUUAUUUGCUGUUCUAAUAACUGCUGUAAUCACCGAUGCAAUAAAAGAUGCAACAGGCCGACCUCGACCGGACUUCUUCUGGCGGUGUUUUCCAGACGGAGCAGAAAAAUAUGAUAAAUGGGGCAACGUAAUUUGCCAUGGUGACGCAGGCGAUAUUAGGGAAGGACAUAAGAGUUUCCCUAGUGGCCACACUUCAUGGUCUUUUGCAGGUCUGGGCUUCCUGUCGUUGUACUUAGCAGGAAAAAUUAAAGCAUUUGAUCGUAAAGGGCAUGUUGCAAAACUGUGCAUUGUCUUUCUUCCCCUUCUUGCUGCAGCUCUUGUUGCCGUUUCUCGUGUGGAUGACUACUGGCACCAUUGGCAAGAUGUGUUUACUGGAGGUCUCAUAGGCCUUGUAGUUGCAUUCUUUUGCUAUCUGCAGUUCUUUCCACCUCCAUAUCACCUACAAGGAUGGGGAACUUAUGCAUAUUUCCGAGCUGUGGAUGAGUCGUCCCGUACAAAUCCAUCACACUUAUCUCCUCCACCUCCUGUAUUCAAUACGCAAAGCAUGGAGGUGCAAGUUGUGGAUCGACAAAGCUUAAGUCAAAAUCCAUCUAAAGAACAAGAUCCAAACUUACAUACGAUUGAUCUGGAGCAGGGCAGAAAUUAGACCUUCAUAUGCAAUUCCCUUUCUCCAAGUUUUUGGGUUCUAGUUAGUUUGAAUACAAGCAAGCUAGUUCACUUGCUACACUUUUACUCAAAAGUGCUGUCUUUGCAGCUCCAUGUAUGUUUCUGUAGCUUGAACUUCUUGUGAAUGUUUAGGUUGUAUAUCUGCAUGCACUUGUUGGAACUUGUUCAUCCUGAAUUCUUGACUGCUGUUGUAAAGCUAGAAAUGCAGUAUGGUUUUUAGCAUUCUUGGCUAAAUUAUCUGUACACAUGAUCAUAUUCUUUGUUUGAUUUGUGUUACCAUCUCUGCACUGUAAGCAAAAACUCAAUAAUACUUGGUCUCAGGACAAACAUUCAUC